AUGGACUUCAAGCUAUCGGAUUUUUUCAGAACUGCAGCGAAAAAAGACGAUACGCCAACGCCAGCACCACGUGAUCAUCGCCAUCUCUCAUCGAUGCUUGUUCAAAUUUUACACGCACUUGACUAUUUGCAUCAACGGGGAAUCAUGCAUCGAGAUGUGAAGCCAGACAACAUUGGACUCAGCAAGCAAUUCGAUUUGAAACUUUUCGAUUUUGGAGUUGCAAGGCCAAUCAACGAUAUGAAAGAUUUGACAGAAGGCGCUUCAUCUCCCCUAUAUCUACCACUUGAAGUGCAACUAGUGGAACAGUACGAUUGGGGCGUUGACAUUUGGGCAACCGGCUUAGUCGCACUUGAUUUUCUCAAUCAUCCAUUCUACCCGGCAAGUGUGAACUCGAAACCAAAAAUCAAACAAAGGAUUCUUGAUGUUUUUGGAGUGCCAGGAAACAAGUACAAGGAAUUUUUCAAAGACAAGUUGAUACAUGAGAAGCCACGUGAUGGUAUCUUCAACGCUUUUCUGACCACAGCCUGCACACGGCUUGGACCUGCACUUGGGAAUUUGAAUGAGGAGAACUUUCAAGAUCUUCUCGGUAAAAUGCUUUGCAUCAACCCACGAAGAACUUUGGCAAGAGAGCUUCUGGAACAUAAAUAUUUGAAAGCAGUGAAUGCUGGACGCUUGAAGAAGGCAAAGGAAAAGGCAAAUCAGUGCAAAAAUACGCUCGACGAUCACGAAUCAACGCAAAAUGAACGUGACAAGGAAACGCUCAUCAAAACACUCAAAAAUUUUUCUACGCAAUUA